UGACACAUCUCUAUGUGUCUCCAAAUAAAAGUCACAUUCUGCCGUUGUAACGUUCAGUUUAUUUUAGCCUUGACAUCUGUCCUCUUUCGACGUUUGCAAUCGUCGUUAGGAAAUAUAUAAAUCCGCCAAUAACCAACUUGAAAAAUGGCAAAUAUUCAAAUUUAUUUUAUUCUAUUGAUAUCUUGUUACAUUGUAUUCGCAAAACAACCUAUAUCUCUUUCUGAACACGGUGCAAAAGAGUGUAAAAAAACGAAAUUACGAUUCAUCAGCUUGGUAUUCAGACAUGGCGACCGGACGUUGGACGGGGAAGCAAAAAUGGUAUAUCCACUUAACUCAUAUGGAGAUGACGAUGACUUUCCAAACAACAACGGCUUGUUAACUAAUACUGGCAAGAAAAGGGCGUUUCAAUUUGGCCAGUUGUUGAGGAAAAUUUACAAUCACUUCCUCGGCGACGUGUAUUAUCCACCAAACGUGCACGCGCGUAGCACGGCGCUCGCCAGGACCAAAAUGACCUUGCAAUUGGUGCUCACGGCACUUUACCCGCCCAUUGAUAAGCAAAUAUGGAGUAAAACGCUGACUUGGCAGCCAAGUGACACAAUAUACACCCGUAUAUCUGAAGAUGGUCUGCUGUUUCCAACCGUCUGCAAAGAAUACAGUCAAGCUUACAUCAAGGUACUAAAGAGCGAGGAAGUGGUGAAGCAAAUUGCCAAGUUCGACGAUUUAAUGAAACAAUUGUCAAGACCUGUGGGGAGGAAUAUCACUGGACUUUACGAUCUCUACACGCUGUACCACAUACUCUCUAUACAAGUCGCGAUGAACCUGAGUUUACCCGACUGGUCACGGUCGAUCUUUCCGAACGGCAGACUUUUCUCUGCGGCCAUGUUGCAAUAUAGGUUGUACAACUACAACGAUCAGCUCAUCAGGCUCAAUGGAGGACUGUUACUGCAUCGAAUGAUCGAAGAUAUGCUCGGAGUGAUCAACGGGAGCUUGCCAGACAGGAAGAUCAAUCUCUUCUCCGCACACGACGUAAACGUGGUCGCCGUGCUCCGCGCUCUGGGUAUUUCGCACGGAAUGCCGACGUUCACGAGCGGCGUCAUUAUAGAAUUGCACGAAAUGAACGACCAAUAUUUCGUCAAAGUGGUGCAUUACGUCGGCGUACCGCCGGUCAUGAAGGCGGUGAGCAUUCAGGGCUGCGAUUUGCUGUGCCCGCUGGAGAAAUUCGUUCACUUGACAUCGGCGAGGACCGCGACGCACGAAGAUCCAAAGUGCCCGCUGACGAUCAAUAUGUACUAAUGGUGAUUACUGUGAACGCGCGACGACUAGAACGCUACGUGGGAAAAACACAUUGUUACGCGUAAAUGGCGAUUACGAUUGAAAACGCUGACAGUCUACAUGGCCGUAAAGGAGAAUCGUCAUUCUCGCUAUGUAGAGACAACUUGUUUUACGUUUGACGAAGCUGCGGGAGCGAGAACACUGUGCGGGGCUUCGCCUCGUAAGUUUCCGUAAUCUUUUUAACCGGCCGUUUAUGUUGCGAACGUUACCGCGUUAUCUGCGAAAAGACCGACGCGACGGCGCGUUUCGUUACGUUUCCUCAUUAUAUGCGAUAUCGUGCCGUUGAAAACUAGAUGCCCAUACGUGCGAUCGCGGAAAGUUAAGUUCGUUAAGUAUGCCCGCAGUCGUGUCUUAUCGAGGACUCGGGGCUCAGAUCCUCCGCCUACCGUGCCGCGGCAUAACAAUUACCCUAUUAUUUCGCACCCACCGCCGCCGCCGCCGCCGCCGCCGCCGCCGUCGUCGUCGUCGGCGAUUCGUCGGGCCUAUACGCCGCGCAUUUCCGUUCUCGCGCGACUCACACACCGCCGACUUCCAUUAAGGCUAAAUCUUUUUGGCCGUUGCGUGAGCUGAUAUCAGCUCUCGUCGAGCUUGAAUUCCGCCGGCUGCUGUUAUCAAAGGGCCGCGCGUCGAUAACACCGCGCGGAAUGUACGCGUCGGUCGCAAACUGUGUUUCUCGUCGCCGGCCGCGAUAAUCCGAUUGUCACGAUGAGGCACUUUCGGCGGAGGCCGCGAGGAGCGAGGCGCCGCCGCGCCGCGCCGCGCCGAGCACGAGGAUGCGCACGAGCGGGAAAUCGAGAAACGAUGUUGGCAAAGUGUCGAAACCGCGCAGCUGCGCGGUCCGCAAGUUUCUGUAUAAAUGCGGAAUUAGAGCGAUUGUAGUCUGCAUUUUUGAGAUUGUCACUGGGGAACUCGCCGCCGUCGCCGCCGGCUGGAACGGCUCCUGGCUUCAGCUAUUCCAAGGACCCAACCUCGUCUCUCCCUUUUUCCCUUUUCUUUCCGUGUCGGCCCCGUCCUCUUCUAUUAUCCCUCUCUUUCUUCUGUAAUCCCUCCCUCGCUCCUUCGAGAUAAACUCUUGAAAUUUCCGAGAGUUGCCCGGACGGGAAGAAGCAGUUCCGCGCUCCUAAUUCUGCGGAAUUAAACUCGCGAAAUCGUUCUAAUUGCGGACACAGAGCGCCGGGGCACUUACAUCGAGUCCUGGCUCCGCUUGUACCGCACUCCGCCGGGUAUGAAUCCCACGGUGUCGAAUUGAUCGCGCCCGUCAGUGACCGCCAAACAGUCGCUCGGCUGCAAUUACGCCGGAGAAAAUCGAUUCGAUCGCGCGAUCAACAGGCCACGAGAGCAGAAGGGGACGACGUUAUCUUGGCGAGAAAGUGCGAACUCGCCGCGCGGAAUUCCGGCCGCCUGCACUCGAAAACUUCGUCCUGCGCAUUUUCCUAGACUUUUAGCGCCGCGCGAUCGAAUCGUCGCAAAAUAUUCGCGACGAAGGAACGUCCUGAGGGGCCGCAGGAGAGGCCGCAGCCAGCAGCUUCCUGCUUUAACUACACGUGUCUUCUCCCUUUAAAGCGGAGGAACACGCGUGCUUUCUUCGGGGUUUUCUUUCUCAGAGGCUCUUUCGGAGUGCCUCUUGUAAAACUGUGAACUGAAUAGAGCUAAAUAGAGCGUUCGCCAAGAAGUUACCGGAAAGAGAAACGCAAAAUUCCAGCGAAAAGACCGACGCGCGGAGCUUGACUUCAAAAUGCGCGACUUAAUUGAACAUUCAUAAUAAUUUGUCCGCACAAGAGAGUGCUAACUGAAACUCCGCGGUAGCGUCGCAUGCGCGAUUCGUCGGCAGCGAGGAAUUAGCACGAGCCGUCGAGUAGACAAUAAGGAAUUAAUUAUAAUUAACUGCCAUUCACAGAAGUUCGCCGGCGAACAAUUUUGUGGUCGCGCCGCUACCGGUUAUAAUGAACUCACCUAGCAGCUCCUAUCAUUUACAUAUUCUUACAUUCAAACUAGGUUUUCGUUUGGCUGCUACUCUCUCUGCCGCGUUAGUUCGCUGCGCGAUAAACUUCUUUAAAUUAUACCCCUUUUGGAAUACGCGGAAGAACGCAGGAGGACACAACAGUCGGCUCGAACGAGAUGCAUCGCCGGGAUCUCGCGACAAUAAAAGUGCACCCACCUAACCUAAUUCUAAUUCUGGCCAUGAAGUCCUUCGCUUAACGAAGGUGUUUUUUCGCGCAGAUUGCGCUGCGAUGUUUCUUUUCUCCUUUAUUGAACCGCGUGAAUCUACUUUACAUUAAAAUCGAUCGGCGGAACUUCAGUGGAGAUUUCUUCCCGAGUACCACUCAUCCACAACGCAGUA